GAAAAAUUGAAAAAACGUAGUGGUAUUGUGUUCUUGGUGGGUGCGAACGAAAUCGAGGGCUUUUCCUCUCUCCAAAUAUUCUCUCUAUCUGGUAGCCUGCAAGAUUGAUAACAUGGAUCGCAGAGUUUAAUUGUUGAAUUGAGGCUUUUAGUAGCUUCGAGGAUUUUCGCUUUGGAUCUCGAGGUUUAGCUCUGAGCUUGAGGUUAGGAAUUGGGCGAGGUGAAGAAAUCUGCGAUUAAUUGAGCGUGUUUUGGUGGGAUCAAGGGGAAUCGGUGAAGGGUUAGGGUUUUUGGUGAUGGCUUCGAAUCCUCCAUUUCACAUGGAGGAUCAGACGGAUGAGGAUUUCUUUGACAAACUGGUUGAGGAUGAUAUAGAGCCUAUUGUUAAGUCUGGCCAUGACGACGACGAAGGGAAUGAUUGGGAUGAAGCUAAAGCAUUUGCAAAUCUGGGAAUCAGUGAUGUUGAUGCUGCUGCAUUUGAGAAUUCUGAUGCUGGCGAGAGUGGGGUUGAAGUCAAAGGGGAAUUGGGUGCUGUGGAAUCCGAUCUGGGAGUUGAACAAGAGGGGAAUUCGUUGCCAUCCUCUAGUUCAGUUGGAUUUGAUAGUAAAGUGGAUCCCAGUGAUGAUGGGACUGUGGUGGGAUCGGAAUUCACGUCCACUUCAGCAGGAGUCAACAUCAGUGCAUAUUUUACAAACUAA